CUGGCGGGUGACCCACGCCGCGCAUGCGCAUCCUCGCGGGCCGCGCUGUCAUAGCAUUUUAAAAUUGAACGGAGUCGGUUGAUAGCGGAGGUCGAGAACACCGGACGGAGGGAUGAUCCUUUUCUCUCUUUUAAUUUGCAGGUGGCUGAAUCUGGAAUUUGCAUCAGGCUCAAAGAUGGUGAAAAGGAAAGCGUCAGCCGAGUCUGCAGUCGAGACCGACAAUAAGAGGGUGAAGGAGAUCCGAAGUCAACGGGCCAGAGCUGCAAAAUGUGCAGAGCUCCCGCAGACUGGUGUCGAGGAUUUCCAAAUAGAAAAGCCUCGGGUGAAGCCCAGAGUCCGUGGAGAGAGAGCAGUGGCUCAGAGGGGCUGUCCAGUCCCUGUGGCUGGGAAAGCGUCAAAGAGGAAACCCUCGAGGGGCAGAGGCAAAGUGGGAACCUGUUCAGUGAAGGAGGAAGCAGAAGACAGAUCUCCUAUUGUGAGUUUGGCAGCCGGUGUGGCGGAGGAAGACAGCUCACCGGAGGAGAGCGAAGACGACUGGGAAGAUGUGGAGGAGCUGCAACAUGAAGCCGCUGAUGAACCUUUGGCCCUUUCCCUUCCUGAGCCCCAGCUUCUAGAGAAGCCUCUGCAGAUCGAGAUUGAGACACCAUUACACGCCAAGGAGCGAGAGAGCAGAGAGAGGAGGGAAGCUGAAUUUGAAUCCUAUCUCCGUCGAAUGAUCAACCGUUUCACUCGGCAGCUUCAUGAGGACAUCCACAAGACACAUCUCCUCUGCCUAUUGGCCAAUGGAAUAUUCCGGAACAGGACGUGCAGUGAGCCCGAGCUGCGGGCCAUGGCAUUGUCCUUGCUGCCCGCCGAGCUGGCCGGGCUGUCGGCUGGGUGUGUGGACCUCCUGUACAUCUCCAGGCUGCUGAAGUGGUUUGUGUCGGCCUUUGAGAUGGACCUCUCGGUCGGGCAGAGGGACUCGGGGAAGCUGUCCGGGGCUCUGCAGCGCGGACUCUCCCGCCGUUCCGCGGGCAGCGAGGAGGAAUUGGUUCACCUGUUCCUCAUCGUGCUCCGAGCAUUGCCUCUGUCAUCGCGGCUUGUCAUUUCUCUUCAGCCUAUUCCGUUCAAGCACAGUGCAAAAGCGAAUCGGAAAGGGGAGAAGUCCAAAGGCGAUUCCCAGGAAGCUUCCGAAGUGGAGACCGACACUAAACCCGGAACAACAACCGGAAAAGAGGCCCAGAGAAAAGCAGACGUCAAACCAGAGGACAAUGCGGAGAUCCGGGUGAAGAGGGAGGCUGGGGUCACUCGGAAGAGGAAGAAGGAGGUCAGCUGUCCUGAGGCGUCCGCUGAGUCUGGAUUUGAGGAUGACAAACACUCGGGGAAGCUGAAGCUGAAGAACAAGCGGCGGAGGCGUGUGGCUUCGAAGGUCUCGUAUAGGGAACCCGACACAGACCAGGAUGACGGCAGUGAUUCAGAUUUCGAACUUGCUGAUGGCUCUGCCCACUCCAGCAGUUCCUCGGGUGGAGACAGGGCCAGCGUGCCUGGGGACAAGAGGGGAAAGGGCCGGGUGCGUGGGAGGAGUGCGGAGGCUGGUGAAGAGAAGGACUCGGGGAAUGCUGCGUCGAAGAGGAGAUCCUCAGGUUGUAGGAGCAGUGCCGGACAGGUGAAAUCGUCAGAUCGGUGGAUUGAGGUUUAUGCCGAUGUCGAGCGGAAGUGGGUGGCCGUGGACUGUGUGCGCAAUUCUGUGGACCACCCAGCGUUGUGCGCGAGGCACGCCACCAAACCUCUCUGCUACAUAGUCAGCUUUGACAACGAGGACAGUGUGAGAGACGUUACCCAGAGGUACGACCCGGCCUGGAUGACCACCACCAGGAAGCGGAGGGUUGACCCUGCAUGGUGGGAGGAGACUCUGUUGUCGUACAGGAGCACCCGCUCUGAGCGAGAAGCAGAGGAAGACCAGGAGCUGCGUGUGAAGUUGCUGGAACAGCCCUUGCCCACCUCCAUCGCAGAGUACAAGAACCACCCACUGUACGUGCUGCAGAGACACCUGCUGAAGUACGAAACGCUCUACCCACCCACUGCCUCCAUCCUGGGCUACUGCAAGAAGGAAGCUGUCUACUCCCGGGACUGCGUCCACGUGCUUCACUCCAAGGACACCUGGCUGAAGGAGGCCCGUGUGGUGAGAGACGGAGAGGUGCCGUGUAAGGUGGUGAAGAGCCAGUCAAACAGGGCGCGACGAGCUCGGAUGUCAGGCCUGGAGAACCGCGAUGACCUAGGGCUCUUCGGACGCUGGCAGACUGAGGAGUACCACCCGCCCAGGGCCACCGAUGGAAAGGUCCCGCGGAACGAGUUUGGGAACGUUUAUCUGUUCCGACCCUGCAUGCUGCCUCUGGGCUGCCGACACCUGAAGAUCCCCAACCUGCACCGCGUGGCGCGUAAGCUGGACAUCGACUGCGCCUAUGCCGUCACUGGCUUCGAUUUCCACUCUGGACACUCACACCCGAUACUAGAUGGGUACGUGGUUUGUGAGGAACACGUGGAGGUCUUACGGACAGCGUGUGAACAGGAGGAGGUUGAGCAGGCCAAGAGGGAGCAGCUGAAGCGUGAGAAGCGGGUUUUGGGGAACUGGAAGCUGCUGGUGAAGGGGCUGCUGAUUAGGGAGAGGCUGAAGGCUCGCUACCAAUCCCAGGAGGGAGCUGUUGUAAACUCCGGGCAGGAGCCCACAGGCUGCUCUGAGGACGAGGGUCCCAGCGAAUCGACCCUGGCCACUGACGCUGCUUCCUCAUGGCCCCUGAACCGACAGGAAGGGCGGAGGAGCCAGAAGGGGCGCAAACUGAAGCGAGGCGAGGAGAAGCACCUGUUCCCCUUCGAGAAGCUGUGAACCCCCACCCACACACACCCACCGGCGGAGAGGACUCCAACCCGUUUCCAGGGACAUCCCAUUAUUUACUGCUACCACACGGCCUCCGAUUCUCCGCACUCCGUGUGGGUGAGGUGCUUCAAUCUGUACAUUGCUCAGGCUAUCACCAUCCUGCCGGGAAUCAGUGGGUCCCUGACCGGGAGAAAGGCAUUCUGUUCUUGUAAGAACCACGUUUGCCAAACUUGUACCCUCGUCCCUCUGUCCCCCAACUUCCUCACCCCAGCAGGCAUUACCGGCUGUUCAGUUACAACUUCACUGCGGAAUUAUUCAAGUGUUUAAAUUUCUUUUCUACAUUUGCAGAAAAAAUAAAGUGUGUUGAUUUGUAACAAA